AUGUUCGUGCAAGUCACCGAGCUCUCCAAGUUCUGGAGGUUGAGCAAGUUGGAUGCAGUUGUUUGGUUGUGCACAUUCCUAGUCACCGUUAUUGUGAACAUCGAUAUCGGGUUGGGUGCCGGAAUAAUAGCGAGCGUUGGGGCGUUAUUCUGUCGCUCUCAAAAGACUUACACGUGUUUACUGGGACGAGUACUAGACACAGACCUAUACCUGGACAUCAAGAGAUAUCGAGCGGCGGAAGAACUUCCUGGAAUCAAAAUUUUCCAUUACUGUGGAGGUCUGAAUUUUGCUACCAAGAAUUUAUUCAGAGCAACUCUGUUCCGUAAAAUCGGUUACUUGAAGCCUGCUAUGCCUCUGCCUGAUGAAGAUCACACCCUGACCAAGAGCGAGUCUUAUGAAUGGGAUCCCACUAUUGGAAAUCGGGUACAAUGCGUCAUAAUAGACGCGACGGCAUUAUCGUAUGUGGAUGCGCCAGGAAUCAAGACUCUGGUAGCAGUUCAGAAGGAGCUAGCCUCCAGUAAUAUAAUUGUUCUACUAGCUGGUGCCAACGGUCCAGUUUUAGAAAUGAUAGAGAAAUACAAUUCGUUGGAGUCAGAUAGACUCCAACUCGACACUUUUCCGACUGUUCACGAUGCAGUGGUUUAUUAUAAACUCACUGAGGCGAAGAAACACGAAGUCUCGGUGACUAUGACUGCGUGA